AUGCGCGAGAUGGGCGAGUCCACAAAAAAAUUUACAAACGUAUUUAUAAAAAACUUCGGCGAUGCGCUGGAUAAGGAGGCGCUUCAGAAGCUAUUCGAACCCUUUGGUAAUAUCACUAGUUGUGCGGUUAUGACCGAUGCUGAGGGCAAAUCGAAAGGUUUCGGAUUCGUCGCUUAUGAGCAGCCGGAGAUGGCCGAAAAGGCCGUAGCAGAAAUGAAUGAUUACGUCAUCGAAGGUACCGAUCAUAAGUUGGUUGUAUGCCGUGCACAGAAGAAGAGCGAGCGUAGCGCCGAAUUGAAACGCAAAUAUGACCUUCAAGGUGUGAACCUCUAUGUGAAGAAUCUCGACGACACUGUUGAUGAUGAAGCUCUUCGUAAACACUUCGAAUCGUAUGGAAAAAUAACAUCCUGCAAGGUUAUGACUGAUGAAAAUGGUCGCUCGAAGGGCUUCAGUUUCGUAUGUUUCGAGAAGCCGGAUGAGGUUACUAACGCAGUAACAGAGAUGAACUCGAAAAUGGUGUGCUCAAAGCCGUUGUAUGUGGCGUUGGCGCAACGCAAAGAAGAUCGUCGAGCUCAGCUUGCUUCGCAAUACAUGCAGAGAUUAGCAAGCAUGAGACUCAGUAACAACGUUCCCGGCCGAUGCACCAAACUAUGA